UACUACCAUACAUCCCUCUACACUCUGACAACCCUUAACUCCCGACAACAACAACGAGUCAGAGAGAUCAUCUGGCUUCCCUUUCCUUCCAGCUGGCUAACCUAAGCAAUUACUUAAUUAUGGCGACGAAAACAAAAUCAGUGCAGGAAAGAAAUGGUGUUGGGAAAGGUCAAUGUCUUGGCUCGGUAUUAAAUAGAGCACUUACAAGCAAUUCUCAAUGGCCUGAUAAGGACGAGUUCUUGGAUGUGAUAUACUGGGGUCGGCAAGUCCUGGGGAUAGUGCUGGGGCUCGUGUGGGGCUUCAUACCACUCAAAGGUUUCAUUGGUCUCUUUUUGUUUUGUGUUAUUAACGCUGCCCUUAUAUACUUCUAUGCAUCAAGUUUCCAAGGGAUUGAUGAAGAAGAAUUUGGAGGAAUGUGGGAACUUACUAAAGAAGGCUUUGUCACAUCAUUUGCUGGUUUUUUGGUCAUGUGGAUAAUCCUGUAUUCUGGGCUCCAUUAUGACUGACGGAGCUACGCUGGCAAUAUAAAUUAUGGACCACACGUCAUCUUUAUUUACUAAUAAAGUUAAUUGGUUUGAAAAUGUCAUUAUGAAUUUAUGAGAUAGGAAUUAGGGAAUAAAUCACUUAUCUUGUAAAAGAUGAUCAUUAUUAAAUCCAUAUUGGAGGUUGUUAAUAUGUUAUCACUGAGGUUCAUAUUGUAUAAAUGAUUUAUUGAUACAAGUAUUGUGCAUGAUGUUUUAUUUACGCAAAAUUAAAAAAAGUGUUUUGCAUAAUAUGCUUUCCUCGUUACUCUUAUUUUUUACUUGUACCAUUUUGGUUAAUUGUAAUAGGUAUUGUAUUUUUUAAUGUCUUUCUGUAAUUAACUAGUACUGUACAAGCAAAUUCUUCAUCUUAAUGAUUUAUAAGAAUAUAACAGGUCAUUUUUUAGCCCAGUUCAAAAACUGAGUAAAUUUAUUUUGAUCACCGUAUUUUUCUGAUUGUAGUAAAAAUGGAAUAAUUUUAGUCAUAUAAUAAUUUAUGGUGCACUCAGUCAUUAGUAGGAACUUAGGCUAUCAGUUGCUGAAUGAAGAUAAUGAUGAAAUGAGUAGGCCUUUCCUGUAGAAUGUAAUGAACCUCGUAUAUUUUCUCGUUGAUUUAUUUUGGCCAUUUGAUUGUGUCAGUCAUAUCUAUCAUUGAGAAUUGCUGAGUGUUUAUUACUCAAUAAAAUUAUUGCAAUUGUAAAUAAAAAGUUUUGGCACACUUUUAUUAUACUGUAUUUUUUUUUUUUUUUUGCCAAAAAUUUUAAUACAGUAUUUUCUUUAAUAUAUCUAGACAUGUGAUGAAGAUAUGCCAUGGUACCUGAUAAUUAUUCUUGUCCAGUAUUUCUUUCUUAGACAAAUUCAAGAGGUGUACAAUACUUAUGAUGCAAUACAAUGUACUCCAUGGCCAAAGAUAACUUGAUAUUUUAACAGUGCACUAGCCACACUUCAUCAAAACCAAAUAACUCAUUUGUCAUGUUGAAAAUAAUAUAUUUAGUACAUGCCAUACCAUAUAUUGUACUGUACAAUGAUGAAUUAUCUUUCCAUAGAGUAAAAGUGUUUCAUUAUAAGGAUGGAGUACAGGUCGUUAACUUACAGAUGCCCAAAGAUAAAUAUCUGCACCUGAAAUAAGAUAGAAAAAAUAAAAACAAAUACUUUAUUUCUUUUAUGCAGUAUACAAUUAAUGUAGUUUAUAUGUAAUAAAAUAUUAUUAGGCAUAAAAGAAAGCCACUAGCAUGCAGUGCAUUUUGGGCAAAUGGAAGAUAUUGAAUCAACUGAAGAGGAAGUAAAGAAAUUACUUGAUGCUAAUAAAAUAAAACAAUAGGAGCAGAUGAUAUGGCACCUUGGGUUUUACAAAAAUAUACAGAAGAAUUAUUUUAUCCAUUUUGGAAAAUCUUUUUAAGAAUUCAUUAUAAGAAGGUAAAUUGGCAGAUAAAUAUGAGGAAGGCACACAUUAUGUCAGUAUUUAAGAAAGGUGACGGGAAGAUACUUGAAACUACAGGUCUGCUUCACUGACCUGUUGUAAAAAUAUUAGAAAAAGCCAUUAAAACUGAUUAAAUCGUUAGAGAACAAAAACCUACUAACUGGUAAAAUAUUUGGAUUUACAUCUUCGAAUUUAUGUAUUAUAUCUCGCUUUUAUCACAUUAUGCAUGAUGGAAAUUGCUCGAGAAAAAAAAAUGGAUGAACUGUAUUUAUCUAGACUUUAAGAGAGAUUUUGAUAGAGUUCCCCAUGAAAAACUACUGUACUUUGGAAACUGCAAAAUAUGUAUAAUAGAAAUGAAAGGCAAAUAAUUACAAAGAGAGAAUUUUUGUUUGAGAUUAAAAAGGCAAAGCUAUAAGAAGAAAAAUGUCUCAGUGGGGAUAAGUCACAAGUAGGGUACCACAAGGAUCCUUACUUGCCCUAAUAAUGAUAAAAUAUAUUAAUGGAAUAAAUAUAUACUGUAUACAUAAUGAUUUUUAUUUAUUAUUAUUAUUAUUAUUAUUAUUAUUAUUCACAAAUGCCAGAAGAUCAUAUAAAUUGUGUGAAAAUUGUGCCGUGCUACUGAAUGGCUGUAUAAUCCUACGGGUUUAGCGCUUCCUCCUUGAUUAUAAUAAUAAUACUGAAUUAUAAAAUAGCUUUCAAAUAUGCAUAUGGAUGGAGAAGUGCUAAAAAAAGUUGUUUACAAAAUACAUUAAGCCAAAAUUCUAAUACGAAGUGAUAGUGUGGUACCACACCUAAAAAAAAGCACAUUGAUAUUUGAGAAAAGGUCAAAAAAAAAAAAAAAAAAAGAGCUACAAAGAGUUAAAAUUAUAAGCUUUUAGGAAAGGCUGAGAACAUUAAGGAUGCCUAUGUUGGCUGAUAGGUGGAACAGAGGACCAUAUAUAAGGUCUAGGAUUUUUUUUAGCACCUGCAGCAGGAAAAACAAAAGACGGCAUUGCUGGAAAUUUAGGAAAAAGUAGAAUAAGAAGAAUAAUAGUAAAUUUUUCUUGGUUAAGAUUAGUUGACCAAUGUAAAGAUUUAAAAGAGGAGGGAGUCAAUGCCAAACCCAUUGCAGACUAUUACACAGUUAAAAAAAAAAAAAUGAAAAAUUGAACACCACUACAGUUGGGUAAUAAUUUUCAAAAGUUGCAUUAAAAACCAUGUUAAAAUUAUUAUUAUCAUAACUAAGUACUAAACCUAUAAGGAUAACCCUGUUAAAAGCUUUGCAAGUUCUGAGUGAUAGUGUGAACAUAUGUAACUUAGCUUGCCUAUAUAUGUACUAUUGUUUUCUAUAAAAAACCUUUUGAUAGUUAAAAGAAUGCACCUCAUUUGUAAGCUAUGGACCUGUAUAUCCGACUUCUUGUUAACCCUGCUUUUAUUAAACAUUGCUACAUACUUGUGUAUUAUAAUUAUACACAAGCAUCCAAUAUAUAAAGUAUAUGUGCAUUAAGACAGUUAAAUGGCUGCGUGUGGGCCAUCACUGAUAUGGUAUUUCAUAGAUCCUGUAAUUUUUGGGGUUGAGUAUUUCUUUUCUUUUGGAUUACAUAAAUAUUAUGAACCCUUUUUAUGGAAUAAAAUAUGGAAACAA